UGUGGACCUGAUGAAGGUGACAGUGGUGCCUGUGGUAAUUGGAGAACUCGGGGCUGUAACCUCCAAACUGGAGGAGUGGCUACAGCAGAUCCCUGGAAAGACCUUGGAGAUCUCAGUCCAGAAAAGUGCAGUGCUAGGAACAGAUAAGAUACUGCAGGACCCUCAAGCUCCAAGGCCUCUGGUAGUGGAUCCGAGCUUGGAGGAGAAACCACCCGCGGAGGAUGAGAGGGGUGUUUUAUUUGUAGAUAUAUGUAUAAAAGGUUACUUUAAUCAACUAAAUAAAGUAAAAUAUUCAUAGAAAAUGUUCAUGUUGCACUCUUAAAAUGUUUACGAACCGAAUAUCUAUCCAACCACCAGGGGAAGGAAGUUGAUGCAGGUUUGAAUGAAAUAUGCUUCUCACCUUCUUCACAGUGACUCCAUUUCUGUCAGACGUGUGGUGUUGAGAAAGGUGUGAAAACAUUUUAAAUUAAUACAAAAUAUAUAUAUAUAUAUAUAUAUUUAAAGCAUCCAACAUUGAUGUGGAAUAAUGACUAACUGUUAGAAAUGGUUGGUCUGGAUGAAUCACAUUAGUUUGUAAAAAGUUGAGCAUCAGAAAUGGAAAAUAAGCUAAGGCACUGAUUGAGAGUGGCUUGGCUAGAAAUAAGGCCAGGUGGGUGUUGGGUCAGGUUCUACGUGAGACUCGUGAGCAACCAAUUGCAGCUCUCUGAACCACAAAAGUUCAUGUUUUAAGCCAUCAUGGUUCUUUGCACAUCUGAGUCUUUUGAACCAACGUUUCCAACAUACAAUAUUAUCAUAUUAGUUUCACCAAAAAGCUAAAAAGCUUUCAGCUUAAGCACAAAACACCACAUGAAAACUUAUCAGCACCAUCAAGGAAGUGAAGGAUGCGGCGAGGUAUUUCACAUGCGUGCAGUCAACAGAAGUGACAGAGCUUCCCGGAAGUAGAUACAAACUCAGUUGCUAGAGAGCUUUUGCUCAAAGGUGCAUGGGAUGUCACCAACGCCAGGUCUGUCUAGGUGUCAGCGCUCUUCUCCACCAUGAUCAACACUUAUCAGACCAGCAUGGCUCCGCCGCCGGUGCCCCCGCGCCUCGGCAGGCCUCAGCCAUUCCUCAUCCCGGCGCCGCUUCCAUCAUCGGGCAGCAACAAACAUCUAAUUCGCUUUUUAGUUUGUGUGGUGACGCUGCUGCUCUUCAUCGCUGUAGGAGGAUUUCUAUUUAUUUACUACAACAACAACAACAAAAAUAACCACAAAGAAGCUGAAAGAGGUCCCUCGGCUCAAGCAAUAGCUGGUCUGCCUCCCUCAGAAGAACUAGAAACAUCCAGCAGAGCUUUGGCACGUAUGAUUGCUAUGGGAAACUAUACAAGAAUCAAAGAACCGGGUUAUCUCCAGUGGAAAAAGACUCACUCCACUGUCAAGAAGAUCAACUUCUACAAAGAGCACUGGGUGACCAUUCUGGAGCCGGGCGACUACCACGUUUUCUCCAGGGUGACGUUCUCGUUUUCCAAGGGCUUAAUGAAACCGCUGGUCGGCAGAAUCAAGCUGAGGCAGAGUGAGAGCAAGGAAGAGGAGGAUAAGGUGAAGGCUUACUGCAGCUUGAACUACAGUGCGUCCAACCCUCAGAUGUGCACGAUCACAAUGGAAGACCUGCUCUCUUUAAAGAGAGGAAAUCAACUGAGCGUAUGGGUGCAGGACCUCUCACUGGUAGACUACGAUGAAGGUGCAACAACGUUUGGGAUGUUUCAAUUGUAGGAGCACAAAUGUGGACCUAAGCUGAGGUGCUGGACCCUACAGAGAUGGAGGACUUGGAUUUACAAGGAACACCUACAAAAAAAUUUAUAAUUUAUUAAAUAAUGCUUUUUUUUUGUUUUGUAAAUGUUCUUUUCUGUAUUUAUUGAUACAAAGUGAAUGCGUUUUUUCUGCUGUGAUUUUAGAAUAUUUAUUUUGUUUUUUUUUUUAUCUCAAUUUGCAUCGUAAUCAAGGGAUAGACACAAAAUGUUUAACAUUUAGGACUUGCAACCCCUUUUUUGUAAGUUAGGUUGCACAGAAAUGCUGCCCUCAAAGUUCGCCCUACUUGUAUGCGGCUUUUAUUUAUAAAGAAAUAUAUAUUUGAAAUGAAGUAAAUAAAAAAAAACAAA